GCAGUUGUUGUCUCUCAGCCCAUGUUCGCUGGUGGCUCCAAGCAAGGCAGGGGUCACCAAUUUCAACCCCUUAGGAACCCAAGUCAGGAACCCUGCGGCACUCUAGCUCUACCUAUAAAUAUGCCCCAGCAGGAAUCAGAAUUUAACAAACUUCUUCAGUCUAUUGAGAACCUACUGCAACCCUCGCGAACAUCUCUUCCAAGAAAGCCCCCCGAAGUCUUUAAACCAAACAGUAAUUUGACGCUAUUGCUUGCUGGUGACAACACAAAGAUCCUGCGGCGCUACCAGGCACAGGAUUAUCCCCUGACUCUGUACCGCGUACAGUAUGAAGGGUGCCAGACUCGCCGCGAUCGGAGUUCCAAUGAACUCCGCGCGACCUCUUCAGCCAUCCCUCAAACCAAGUCUGAGUUGAGAGAGAUGGUGGACAAGCAUCUCGAUUGGGCAUGUUGGGAACCAAGCCCAUUUAUCUCCUUGUUUAGUGAUGAGGAACAUGCCAUAAACUGGGGACGCCGACUUCUAAGAAGGAGGUGGGGGAUGCGGAACAAAAAGUUUACUUUGCUAUCAUUCCAGAUUCCUGAACAAACGGCCAUGGUAUUCUCGGUUUCUGAUCUCCAAACGUCAUUGGGUGUCGUCACAUGGAACGGUAAACUUGCACAUGAUGAAUAUUUAUGCUUUGGCCGUAUUCCCUUGAACUGGUGUGUUGAGUCCUCGACACAUUCUCUCGAAUAUAGCGAGGAAGACGAAGAGAUCACCGAAGUGUACUUUGAUUUUCACUCUUUCGAGUCGAAACCUUGGUUUAAGAUGUCUAUAGCCAGUGAUCUCGCCACUGAUAUCGUAAUACGAUAUAUCUGGCCCAUAAGGAUCAAAAUGAAUGCUAACCUCAAGGGUAUUGGCUUACCAUCGGGCGACAUCAUCCACCACCCCAUUCCAGUCCCCCCACAGCUAGCCGUUCGUAAC